AUGCAGCAUCCGGAACUCCCCAGUCCCGACUCAGAUGGCUCAGGCUCUUCUGAUGAGUUUCCCCAAUACCCUGUGAGGACCAACUCAGGGUUUGAGACCGGCGACGCCCACGCGCAAACGCCUGCCACCACCGUCACAUCUUCCCCUCCCUCCCAUUCACCGAGUCUUGCCUCAUGGGCUAGUCCUCUAAUGACACGACCUCGUGGAGCUAGCGUCGGCACUGCCGCUCUUCUUGACAAACCCGAUGGUAUUGGCAUGCCUACCGACUCUCGACUUCAGCGCCCCUCCGCGCCGGCACGAACCCCGUCGAAUACCUAUGCUCCACAACGGCGGCCACCACAAUACAUCAGCCUUCAGGAAAACCGCCAAAGGUCAUCUUCGGCGAAACGAGGAUCCCGACGCGAUCCAAAUGCACAAUAUCGAGCCCAAGAAAAAGCCUACGUACAACGGAUUCGAGCGAACCCACAAGCCUGGUAUCAUCACUUUAAAGACGCCCAAAGCAACAGCAUGAUAGAUGGGGACGCCGAUUUGGAAGACCCCUCCCCCUCAUCCGAAGUGGCUUUUGAAGAUGAUUCCUAUGAUCCUGAUACCCAGCUCUUUCUUCCGGACGACAACCUGCCAACUACGGAGGAACUCAAGCACCCCAAGAACCAGGAGCGGCUUGAGUGGCAUUCCAUGCUGGCCUCAGUCCUCAAGGGAGAUGUCGUGAAACAAGAGAAACAGCGACUCAUAGGCACGGCGGAAUCAAAGCGCUCGGCCGCUCAGAGCUAUGCACUCUGGAUCGGAGUUCGGGCAAGGACGUGCGGUCGGAGUAUCCCUUUGCAGCAGAAAAUGAUUGCGGACGCACGGUCGCGUCUUGGUCCUAUCAUUGAGGAUAUCAUCGGAUUCCAGAUUAAAGGCGAGACUGAAAUCGGGAAACCGCCAAGACAACAGGUUGAGGACAUCGUUGAGAAGAUUGAGCGAUGUGAGGUCCUCUACUCUUCGAAUAAGGAAAUGGAAGCUGGGCUCCCACGCGUGGCCUCGGAGGAAUUCACCUCUAGCCGUGCAGCCAUCUUUUCUUGGCACAACAUCACCGCGCUCAUCAACACCGAACUGGCUGUGCUGCAGAGUUGGGUGGGAAAUGAAGCCCUGGAUUUCAGCAAGCCUAGGGUCAAGUCUGCUAAGAAUGAUCUUUCGGAUGGGUCGUCCUUCCUCGAUCGUAUCAUGAAAGAAGAUGGCCUGAAGACGCUGCAGGACAAGGACGGCAUGCUUCUACGGAUCCUUGCCGUAAUUCAGAAAGCGAAGAGCACCCUCAUUGAGAACUCAGAAGCGUUCGCUGCGCGCCAUCUGCCACCCUACAUCGAGGAACUGCUAACAUUGAUCAACUUCCCCUCCCGAUUGAUCCAGGAGAUCAUUCGAGUCCGUCUUUCUUAUGCCAAGAAUAUGAAAGAUCCGGCUCAACAAGCCCCCAUUCUGAUUGAUCAGAUGAUCUCUCAAUUUCAAAUCCUGAUGAAGGUGGCAGUCGACAUCAAGUUCCGCUACCUUGACGUCUCGAAGCCAGAACCUGGCUGGGAUUUGCCGCCAUGCGUUGACGAAAACUUUGACAAUUCGGUUCUUGAUGCCAUGAAAUAUUACUUCCGACUACUUAAUUGGAAACUGAACGCCAACAAGAACACAUUCAAAGAAGCCGAAAUUUUGGAACAGGAAUGGGGUUACUCCUAUGACAUUGGCCGGCGGCUUGAUGGUGGAGAUAUCGAGGUGGCCGAGCAAUUUAGUGCCUUGACUGCCAGAUCACUGCAGCGUCUCAUGAUUCAUUUCGAACGUGAACUCGUCCCUAGACCCAAAGAAACCGUGCAGGAUAUGGACAAGCGAUACAAAAGCAUUUUGGAUUCAACGCGCAUUCGUCAGCGCAAGCUCUAUCGAUUCUCCAAGUUUUUGUGCCAAUUAUUCGAGAACGCGACCGAAUACAACAUCACUACCGACAUUGCCUACGAUUUCUUCGAGGCACUGUUGAUCUCCGACCACUUCCUUGUCACCUGCACUACUUCUGUUGGGCAGAAAGGAGUUUAUUUGAUCGCGCAUCAUGCACUAUGGGACCGUCCCGCCGAUAUCCAGGCUAUUCUAUCCACGUCCUUCAAAGAAGAUGACGCGACUCCAGAUGCUCACAUUCCUUAUGUCUUAGCUAUCCGACCCGAAAGGCCUCUGGCUUGGGCAGGAAAGGAGAUGCAAUUGGAUUCCUUGGAACAUCCCACGGAUGUGCGGCUAGGCAAGCUACGUAUAGUGGUGGAAGGCAUGCAAGAGCGGCUGCAGAAUGCUCGUAUGGAGCUCGCACGACUCACAGGCAUCCAACUUGAUAUGGUUAUCGAACAGCGUGCCAACCUUGGUCGCGUGAACGUGGAGUUGAACAAGAUCAAGAAGAUCUCUUUCAAAUUGUCCAUGACCAUCAUGGACAGCGUGUCUAUCAUCAAAAAUCAACUCCGUGAGAGAGAGUGGGAGAACAAUGACCUGAUACAGGCAUGCUAUGCAUUUGCAACAGAGUUUGGCAAGCGAUCUUCAAACUAUGUCGAUGCCAACAGGCGUGCUAUGAAUAGCGCCCGGUUGGUGGAGUUGUCUCUUGACUGGGUUGCGUUCAUUUGUGACGAGUGUGACGCGGCGGACCGAAAGACCUUCAAGUGGGCUGUGGCGGCUCUCGAGUUUGCGAUGGCGAUCACGUCCAGCCGCCAUCUCCUGUCUAUGGAUCACGACCAGUUCAGUGAUUUCAGACUGAAAGUUGCCGGUUGCAUGUCUCUGCUCAUCUCUCAUUUCGAUAUCAUGGGUGCGCGAUCCUCUCUUGCGGCGAAGAAUGAGAAACGCAUGGAAGAACGCAAUGCAGCCCGUCAGGUUGGCAGCAGCCGAAUCAUCAGCGAUGAGGAAGCGUCCAAACUUGUGCGCGAAACAUGGUACGCGCGAAUUGUGGAGAUCGAAGAUAGGAGAAUUGAGGAGGAUGCCAAGCGUCAAGCACUAGGAAAGGUGCUGGAAGGAUCUGAUGAGGCUGAUCGAUCCCUCACUGUGCUAUCGUCGUCCGCCACCAAUGUUACUUUGCGGUGGCAGCAAGGCCAGUUUAUCGGUGGCGGUACCUUUGGGUCUGUCUAUGUGGCUAUCAACCUGGACAGCAAUUAUUUGAUGGCUGUGAAGGAGAUUCGUCUGCAAGACCCCCAACUCAUACCCAAGAUCGCCCAGCAGAUUCGGGACGAGAUGGGCGUGCUUGAAGUCCUCGACCAUCCGAACAUCGUCUCCUACCACGGAAUUGAGGUACACCGCGACAAGGUCUACAUCUUCAUGGAGUACUGCUCGGGUGGUUCUCUUGCUGCCUUGCUAGAACACGGGCGUAUCGAGGAUGAAACAGUCAUCCAGGUGUAUGCCCUUCAGCUCCUAGAGGGUCUAGCUUAUCUCCAUGAAGCCCAUAUCGUUCACCGCGAUAUCAAGCCCGAGAACAUUCUGCUCGAUCACAACGGUGUCAUCAAAUACGUCGAUUUCGGCGCAGCCAAGAUUAUCGCUCGCACCGGCCGCACAAUCGCCCCAAUGGACAACCCCCAAGCUCCCGGGUUCAAAGAGGCGGUGGGCAAAGAACCCGGCAACCAGCGCAAGAACCAAAAGACCACCACAGGAACUCCGAUGUACAUGUCACCCGAGGUGAUUCGCGGCGAUGUCGCAAGCCUCGACAACCGCCAAGGUGCCGUAGACAUCUGGUCUCUCGGCUGUGUGGUUCUCGAGAUGGCGACUGGCCGCCGGCCAUGGUCCACGCUGGACAAUGAAUGGGCAAUCAUGUACAACAUCGCCCAAGGCAAGACGCCAGCGCUUCCAUCUCCCGACCAACUCAGCGAGCUGGGUAUUGACUUCGUGCGCCGCUGCUUCGAAUGUGAGCCUGCUCGUCGCGCUACCGCGGCCGAACUUCUCCAGCACGAAUGGAUCGUCUCCAUCCGUCAACAGGUUGUCAUGGAGCCUCCCACGCCCGGUAGCGAUUACAGCACCAGCUCCAACGGCUCAGCCACAGCCACACGCCAGAACUCGACGUAUAUGUGA